GAGGGCCGAGCGAUGCAGGAUAUUCUCACAGGAUGUGAUGGCUGGACAGCAGCCGGAGCCGUGCGAUGUGGAGGGAAGAGUCAGCUGAGAGGACCUUGUUGGCUUGCGGCGUUUGCUUGGUUACUAUCGAUCUAUGAGUGGGUGGGUGUGCGCGCUGAGGAUGUGAAAUCAACAUAGUCAGGAGGCACUUUGAAGACUAGUCAUCAACUGAGAGUGAGAAUCCUGCAUUCAAAUUCCAGCCUCAGUAGAAGUUUACAGAGAAGAUCUUACACCCAAAACACAUGAUCACCAUGGCUGCCUUCCAGCUGCUCUUCCCGCUGUUGAUCAGCUGCGUGGCGGCAUCCGCACGUCCUCCCCGCCACCUCCCUCCAUGCCAAGUUGUCCAGAUGGAUGUGUUUUGCAGUGAUCUGAGCCUCAGAAGCGCUCCAGUCAACCUUCCUCAUGACGUCCAAAUGCUGGACCUGUCUCGCAACCAGGUGCAGAAUCUCACCCAGGAAACUCUAGCGUACCACACCGGAUUCCACCACCUGAACCUGCACUCUAACAAGAUCCAUUUCAUCCAGCCGGGGCUCUUCAAAGACAUGACAGAUCUAAAAGUCCUGGAUCUGUCCAAGAAUCAUCUGAAUGUUUUUGCUCUCUCCAAAAUCAACACCGGGCCUCUUACAGCUGUUGAGUCACUUGAUCUUUCAAGCAAUGGCCUGUACACGGGGAUGUCGGACUAUUUCCUGGCUGACUCUCCGUUGCUGGCAAACCUUUCUCUGAACAGCAACAGCAUCACCAAAAUAGCACAAAAUACCUUCAGUGGAUCUUCGUCAUUGAGGAAAAUCAGCCUCCACAAUAACGUCAUCCUGGAGAUUGAAGAUGGAGCCUUUGACUCCUUAGAUCAUCUGACUGAACUCGACUUGUCCAAGAACUCGAUCACGUGCAUCACAGACUUCAAUCUCUGUAAUUUAAAAGUGCUGAAUCUCAGCAAGAACAGCAUGGAGCUUUUCCAAAGCACAACAUCAACACGUCCUUAUAAACUCCUCACUCUUGAUCUCAGUGAAAACAAAAUGCCUUACUUCCCUCUUCUCCCCAGAAACAACGUGCUUGAAUAUUUGGACGUUUCAAGAAACCAUCUUCAGAGCGUCAAUGUCACAGGAGACCCUGAAAAACAGACAAACGUUUACUUUUCUCGCUUGAGAUACCUGGACAUGAGUUACAACCAACUGAAAAGCAUACCAGAGUCCUUUUUUUACUGUAUGGCAUCACUCGAGGUCCUGAAUGUGAGCAAUAACUGUAUCAGCUCCUUUUCUAUCACUAAUGAAGGCCUUCUACAGACGGUGAAGAUUAUCAACCUCAGCUAUAAUUCGCUGCAGAGCCUCAUAUUUGGGGAAAACGCAUUGCAAUCACUGGAAAAGCUCUUCUUGAAUGGAAAUGACCUCACCACUCUGGACCAUCAAAUAUUUCAAAGACUUCCGAGCAUCAAACAUCUGCAGCUCCAGCAGAACAAUCUCCAAAUCUGUUCCUCGGACCAAAACCACCAGGAUCCUCCAGCUUGUGUCUCCUUUUCUUCUUUAAGAAACUUGCAGUUCCUGUACCUGUCUGAAAACAAUCUGAGGACUCUGCCUGCAAAUGCAUUUGCCAACACCCCUCUGAAGUUACUGGAUCUGUCCUUGAACCCGGGCUUAGACAUGGACAAAGACUCCCUCUCUGGUCUGGAGCAUUCCCUAGUCCACCUCCUCCUGAGGGAAAACAACAUCUCCAGUCUAAACACGGACCUGUCCUCGCUGAGGAGUCUCAAACACAUAGACCUGUCAACCAACCAGCUGACAGUUCUACCAAUGUGGAACAAAGACUCCUCCAUUGAGUCACUAAACCUGCAGCACAACAACCUGGUCACCCUGGAGUACCGCACCAUGCUCGCUCUGGAGCGCUCACUAAAAACCCUCUAUAUGGGCUCUAACCCUCUCAGCUGCUGCAGCAACCUCGACUUCCUCCACAUGGUCCAGCACUCAGGCGUGGUUGUACCUGACAUUGAGACUGUGACCUGCGUUCACGAGGACUAUUCAGAACCAGUCAACAUUGAGAAGGUGACCAAGGAAAUGUGUCAUAGACCAGGCAUCCAGAACUAUAUUAUAGCUGUUGUAGUGAUAGUGUUAGCUGUGAUGAUCGCGCUGGCGCUGCUGGUUAAAUGUUGCCACUCGAGGAAACGGAAACCCAACCGCAGCUUUAGCGCAUAAUGUGAAACCAUGAAGGAAUUCAUAUUUGGGACUUGCUUGGUAGUUUGAAGCAGAGACAGAAGAAAAACAUGAAUGUAAUGUCACUCAAAGUCUUAUGAAGGGACAAUUUAUAGCCCUAAAUUUGGGUUUACCACUACUAUCUUUGAGACUAGUGUGACUGAAUCCAAAUUUGGUCAAAAGUGGAAGAAACCUCGGUGAAGCUAAGAUGGGACAUGCAAGAAGAACCACAAUGGCACCUGUCUACAAGACAACACGUGCCAUAAUAUCUCCUAAAUGAAGGCAUAACAAAACUAUUGAAACCAGAACUUCCUGUGGAAAAAUAUUUCCUCUUUGCAUUUCAAAAGAGAAGUUUGGACUUUUUAAACAGACUUCUGAAAGUCUCUUGCAGUCACAAUCCAGUGGUCAUUUCAGGAACUGCAACCUUAGAGCCAUAUGGCUGAAGCAGGGGUGUUUCAACCGAAUCGCCAGAAAUUGUUGGUAUUGUACGUUUUUGCCAAACACAGAUACAUUACAUAUGUACAUUAUUUUGUAGCAGACACAUUGAAACUUUCUCACCAACUCUGUGGCGAAGGUGUGGUUAGGUUUAGGGACAAAAAUCACUUGGUAAUGGUUUGGAAAAGAUCGUGCUUUAGCUACGUUUGGUGGCACAAAAGCUGCUAGAAAACGUUGUGAUGUGUUGCUGCAAAACACCCAGAUCGGCUGGCACAAAUGCUGCUGGGAAAUGCUACAAAGGAUUGCCAAAAAACAAACCUGUUGUUGGUUUCAAAUCGUUUUCAGCAGUGGUCUGCAGCUUAGCAGGCAUCUCACCUAGGUGACAUACCAUCCAACAUCCCCUUCACAAGUCCGUUUAGAUUUUACAUCACUUCAGAAGUGUUGAUAUGACACGUAUGAAAUGUGCAAAUACAGCCUAACAUAUUCGUGGCUUACAGAAAUGUAUAAUGCCAGCAUUUUCUUUUGGUGAUUGGGCUGGGUGUUUCCUGCUUGUUUAUUAAGCCACAUGCCAACCAACAUAACUUUAUUGAAUGUAAAAGGAUGAAUCCACACUAAAACACUUAAACACUGUUGACCAUUCUCUCCACUGACACCUCAACAGAUCAGACUGAAAUGCAGCCAUAAAAUGCAACAGGACAUUCUGACUAUUUGGGAAAUGUUCUUUUUUCUUGUUAGAUAAAAGUUAGAUGAUACCACUCGCUGAUAUGAGAGUGGUAUCAAUCUUCUCGUCUGACUUUCAGCAAGAAAACAUUUUCAACAUUUGUAUAACUGUUUCUUUAAAGGGACAGUUCACCCCCCAAAUCAAAAAUACUUAUUCUUCCUCUGACCUGUGGUGCUGGUUAUCAGUCUAGAUUGUUUUUGUGUGAGUUGCUGAUAUCAGAUGUUGGAGAUGUCAGCUGUAGUGAUGUUUGCGUUCGCUCUAAUAUAAUGAAAAUAGAUGGCACUCAGCUUGUGGUGGUCAAAGAGCUAAGAAGAAAAAAAAAUACAUUUGGAAAACUCAACAGCAAUGUCUCUGUCCAGAAAUCACGACCCAUUUACUCAAGAUCAUCCACAGACCUUGUUGUUAGCAGUUUCAUGUAAGAACUAUUGUCUUUCUACUGAUCUGCACCCACCAGCUGUAUCACUGUACAGAAGAACGUGUGAAUCUGCUGCUAGCUCACCUAGCACCAUUGCGCUAGCUAAUGUUAAAGCUCAGGAGGCAAGACCCCAGGAGGUGCACCAGGCUUUGAAACCAAUUUUUGUAGUGGGCAAAUAGUGGAAUUACAACUUCCCAAUUUGUCGUGUGAUGCCCUGCGGCCCAAAAAUUGAGCUAGCAGUAGAUGCACAUUUCCUUCUGUGCGCUGACACGGUUGUCGGGCGUAGUUUGGUAUAAAGAAAGAAGUCCCUUCAUGUAAAUCCUCAAAUCAAGAGUGUGGAUUAUCUUGAGCAACUGGGUCAUGAUUUCUGGACAGAGGCAUUAGUGGUGCAAUUUUCAAAUGUAUUUUUUGGUGCUUUGGGUACCACAGGCCGAGUGACAUGUAGUUCCAUUAUAUUGGAGAAAAGGCAAAGAUCACUAUGGCCGAUAUCUCCAACACAUGCAACUCACACCAGAACAAUCUAGAUUGAUAAAUAGCACUACAAGUAAGAGGAAAAACAUGUUUCUUUAUAUUUUAGGGUGAACUGUCCCUUUAAGGGGUUAUUAAUGAACAUUAAAUCAGUGAUGAUGAUAAUGAUAAAUCAGAUUUAGUCGAGAGUGUUGACGCUGGAACAAAGUCAGAUGUCUUCACUCAGUAACGUUCAGUGUAAGAGUAUCUGAGAGUGGAAUUUUCCUUUAAGCUAAAAAUAAAGAAACACAAACACUACAAAAGGUCAUGAAACAACAUGCUCUUUCACAAACGAUGACAACUAUGUAGGUUGUCUAAAAGCAACCCAAGACGUCCCUUUACCCUUUGUGUAGUUUGCACUUUAUAUUUCCUCGUGUUUGUGUGAUUGUGUCUGUGACUGUUAACACUAAGGAUAAUUUUGUUACUAUAACAAAACUAAGCUGGACAUUUUAAACAGUAUGUUCUCUGUGUUGAUCCCAGGCCUGUGGUGCUAUCCUUUGACACAAUAUGUAUUCAUUUGACAUGAAAAGUUGAGAGCUGGACUAAGCACUGAAAUGAUUAAUAACUGUGAUGCUCUUAUAUAGAAGUAUAAUAUACAUACUGUAUAUUUUUAGAUAAAUACAUGAACAUGAAGUCCAGUGCUAUGUUGAUGUUGGCUACACUGGGAUCCACAGUUUCAUACAAUUUGAAUGUGCUUGAUCCUAAAAUUAUUAUUAUUAUUUUUAUUGUUAUUAUUAUUAUUAUUAUUAUGUACAAGUCAAGUUGAUUUGUAUCUUUUAUCAUCCUGUGAUGUUAUUUUAUAAUGUAAUAUUAGCAAUAUUUUGUACCAAAUGAAGUCAAUUUUCUACACUAAAAACUGUGUGAGACAUUAUUUGUGUGACAAAAACGUGUAAUCCUCUGAAUGUGGUAUUCACAUCCGCCCAUUUUAAGUUUAUUUUCUUCUCAUUUUUCAGCUAAUACCUCAAAAUAAUACCUCACUUUCACGCAAGUUUGGUUGGUUCCCGCAGUUAGACCCACAUUAUGGUAACAUUUCACUUUAUGUGGUGCUCGUACAGCUGUGCUUUCUUGCAGAAAGUUAGAAUGAUAUCAAUUUUCCCAUCUAACUCUCAGCAAGAAAUCAAAUAAACAUAUUUCCCAAAAUGUUUCACACUACAAGUGCAUGAUAAAUAUUAAGUUCAAUAAA